AUAAAAUUAUUGUAUUAUUUCUUACACUUCCACUUUCUAAUGCUGUAGUAGGACAAGUAUUUUCACUUCAAAAUUUAAUUAAGACUAAACUUAGAAAUUGGUUAAAUAUUAGUACUCUUAAUUAUCUUUUGUUAAUUUCUUUAAAUAGCUCAUCUAUAAAUAAAUUUGAUUUUGAACAUGCAUAUGAAAUUUGGACAAAUUCUUCAC